GCAGCUCGAGUCCGUGGUUCUUCCGUUCAGCAGUGACCAAUCAGCGCACACAUGGGCGGGGCCACUGUGUGGGCCUGGCGUUUACAGUUUGGUUGAGAAACGUACGUCUGGGCUGGGAUUUUUGGGAAACCAGGGAAUCACGUGUUAAAUGUGGUAUUUGGUUAUCAAACUUUGACGCCUCACACAAGUGAAAAUAAACCGGAUUGUUACACAUUCAUUUCGGGAUUCAAACAGCUGUGUGAAGUACUUGAGGACGGGGACUGCCAGAUCCUACCACACCUCUCCUUCAUUCACAGCUUUUUUUUCAUUGCUCGACCGCAACUGGAACUACUUUGAAAUUUAUUCUAAACGGAAUGGAUUUACUCAAGACUUAACCCGCAAGGGUUUCCUUUAUAUAUGUUGAGUUAUUUUGGAGUUUACUUACUUUUAACGGAAGUCAUCUUUAAGACUUGAUUACUUGAAUCACUAACCUAAAGAUGGAUCAAGCAAGUGGCGGAGAAGAUCCAAACAAACCUUCUAAAAAGAAGUCCGGGGAUGACGAGGGAAAAAACAAAAAACUGAACAUACACAUUAAAACAUUGGCUGAUGAUAUGAGAGAUCGCAUUACAAGUUUUAGGAAAGCCGGCAUGAAGAAGGAAAAGCCCUUGAUCCAACAUCCGACAGAUCCCCUGUCGACUCAGGCUGAACUUCCUGUUCCUCAGCUGUUCUUCGACGACCGCUCCACGAACCUCUCAGAGAAGGAGAUCAUUGACCUCUUCGAGAAGAUGAUGGAGGACAUGAACCUCAAUGAAGACCGUAAGGCUCCUCUGCGUGGAAAAGACCUGAGCACUAAACGAGAGAUGGUGGUCCAGUACAUCUCGGCCACGGCUAAAUCUGGCGGACUCAGAAACAGCAAACACGAGAGUACGCUGUCAUCGCAGGAAUACGUUCACGAGCUGAGAUCAGGAAUCACUGAGGAAAAACUGCUCAACUGCCUGGAGUCCCUCAGAGUUUCUCUCACCAGCAAUCCUGUCAGUUGGGUGAACAACUUUGGUCAUGAGGGUCUUGGUCUUCUGCUGGACUCUCUGGAGAAGCUGUUGGACAAGAAGCAUCAGGAGACCAUUGACAAGAGGAACCAGCACAAACUAAUCCAGUGUUUAAAGGCCUUUAUGAAUAACAAGUAUGGACUGCAAAGGAUCCUGGGAGACGAGCGCAGCCUGUUGCUGUUGGCUAGGGCCAUUGACCCCAAGCAGACCCACAUGAUGACAGAGAUAGUGAAGAUUCUCUCAGCCUUCUGCAUCAUUGGAGAGGAGAACAUUUUGGAUAAGAUUCUUGCUGCCAUGACCGUCACUGCAGAGAAGAACAACAAGGAGAGGUUCUCCUGCAUCGUGGAAGGACUGGAGAACCACGAGGCUCAGCAGCUGCAGGUUGCCUGCAUGCAGCUGAUCAACGCUCUGGUCACGUCUCCCGACGAUCUCGACUUUAGGAUACAUCUACGCAACGAGUUCCUCAGAUGUGGCCUCAGGAAAAUCCUGCCCGAGCUGAAAGAAACAGAGGAGCUGGACAUCCAGCUGAAGGUCUUCAACGAGAACAAGGAGGAGGACGCCAUCGAGCUGUCCCACCGUCUGGACGACAUCAGAGCUGAGAUGGAUGAUAUGGGUGAAGUUUUCCACCUUCUGUCCAACAUGGUGAGAGACACCGGCUCAGAAACCUACCUCCUGUCCAUCCUUCAGCAUCUAUUGCUCAUCAGGAAUGACUAUUACAUCAGGCCUCAAUACUACAAGGUGAUCGAAGAAUGUGUGUCUCAGGUGGUCCUGCACCGCAGCGGGAUGGACCCAGACUUUGGCUACAGCCGAAGAUUGGACGUGGACUUCACGCAUUUGAUUGAUCAGUGUGUCGACAAAGCCAAAGUGGAGGAGAGUGAGCAGAAAGCGUCGGAGUUCUCUAAAAAGUUUGACGAGGAGUUCAGCGCCCGGCAGGAGGCUCAGGCUGAAGCUCAAAAGAAGGACGAGAGAAUCAAAGAGCUGGAGGGAAAAAUUCAGACUCUGGAGACUCAGCUCACAGAGGCUCAGAGACUCAUCUGUGAUUCUGAAGCCCAGGUUGCAGCCGGUGUGAAAGCUCCCGGAGCUCCUACCGCACCAGGAGGUGCAGCUGCUCCACCACCACCUCCCCCUCCACCGCCUCCACCGCCUCCACCUGGCGCGGGACCUCCUCCGCCACCUCCUCUGCCCGGCCACGCUGGAAUUCCACCUCCUCCUCCACCACCUCCUCCUCCAGGGGGAGGCCCUCCACCCCCGCCUCCUCCUCCAGGUUGCGGGCCUCCACCUCCUCCUCCGCCUUUCUUUGGUGGCCCCGGUGCUCCUCCACCUCCUCCUAUGUUACCGGUGGUGAAAUUGCCUUACGGUCUGGAGCCGAAGAAGGCGUACAAACCUGAGACUGUGAUGAAGAGGGUCAACUGGACCAAGAUAGUGCCUCAGGAAAUGUCAGAGAAUUGCUUCUGGAUCAAAGUCAAAGAAGAGAAGUUUGAGAAUCCUGACCUAUUUGCUCAGCUCUCGCUCUGCUUCUCCUCACACAGCAAAGCGAAAAAAGAUGUAAAAGACGAGACUGACAACAGAAUGGCUCAGAUCAAGAAGAAGACGAAGGAGCUCCGUAUCCUGGAUCCAAAGACAGCGCAGAAUCUUUCAAUUUUCCUCGGCUCUUUCCGCCUGCCUUAUGAAGAGAUCCGGGACAUUGUGCUGGAGGUGGACGAAGAGCGACUGAGCGAAUCACUCAUCCAGAACCUGAUAAAGAACCUGCCGGAGCAGAAAGAGCUGAGUGCUCUGGCCGAACUGAAGGGUGAAUAUGAAGAACUGGUGGAGUCGGAGCAGUUCAGUGUUGUGAUGAGCUCAGUGAAGCUCCUCCGUCCACGUCUGAACGGCAUCCUGUUCAAGCUGACCUUCGAGGAGCAGGUAAACAACAUCCGGCCGGACAUCAUGAACGUGACCUUUGCCUGCGAGGAGUUGAAGAAAAGCGAGAACUUCACAAAGUUCCUGGAACUGGUGCUGCUGGUGGGGAACUACAUGAACGCGGGCUCCAGAAACGCGCAGACGUUCGGGUUCAACCUCAGCUUCCUCUGCAAGCUUAGAGACACUAAAUCCAUCGGACAAAGCACAACCCUUCUCCACUUUCUGGCGGAAAAGUGUCAAGACAACUAUCCAUCCUUGCUAGGUUUCCCAGACGAGCUGGAGCAUGUGGAGGACGCCAGCCGAGUAUCAGCUGAGAUCCUGAAGGGCAGCCUGUCGACGAUGGAGCGUCAGAUCCAGAGACUGGAGAACGACAUUGAGAACUUCCCCAAAAAAGAUGACCAGCAAGAUAAGUUUGUGGAAAAGAUGUCCGGCUUCAGCAAGCACGCUCGAGAGCAGUACGAGAAACUCUCCACCAUGCACAAGAACAUGCAGAAGCUCUACGAGAGCCUCGGCAGCUACUUUGCCUUUGACCCUCACACUGUCAGCCUGGAGGAAUUCUUUGGAGAACUGGCCAACUUCCGCAUGCUCUUCUUGGAAGCCGUGAAGGAAAACCACAAGAAGAGAGAGAUGGAGGAGAAGAUCAAGAGAGCCAAGCUGGCAAAGGAGAAGGCUGAGCGGGAGAAGCAGGAGCGCCAGCAGAAGAAGAAGCAGUUGAUUGACAUGAACAAAGAGGGAGAUGAAACAGGUGUGAUGGACAGUCUGAUGGAGGCUCUACAGUCCGGAGCAGCUUUUAGAGAUCGAAGAAAACGAACACCACGCAACGGUGAUCAGAGUCCCUCCAGUCCAGUCUCUCGAUGGCCCGGUGCUGCUUAUGGUAACCGAACUCUAGACAACCGCCGUGCAUACCUAGAAAGAUCUCGGUCCCGCCACAACCCACAUCACCAAGGUCGAUGAUCAGCCGGCGCUGACCACAAGAAGGUUAGAGGACCGCCAUAGAGUCAGGCGGGGAGGCACUGAAGACGACCUGAAGGAGUAAGACGAGGCCAUUCUGACCACCAUGUUCCAGACACACACACACAAUUUUUUCAGUGAAAUUUUAGCCUGUAUUUAUAAAUUUAUAAACUUUAACUAUUUAAUGACAAUUUUAAGCUUUUUAAGCUUUUAUUCUCUGUUUUUUGAUCUAGUAACUUCCAUUUAGUAUGAAGUUACGUAAUGCUGGCAUUCCAGUUUUUAGUGCAGUUCUCCCCGUGUGGGAAAACAAACUCUAGUUAGAUUAGCAACACAUUACAUUUUAGCAAUACUAGCUAGAAAGUUAGCCCUCCUAGAUUGUAGUUUAUUCUUGGAAACUUUGUUAUCUCUAGCUACCAGGUCAUCUGUGACAAACCAAACACACAUUAGCAUUUUCUGCUAAGGAUUUUAGUGAGAAACUCUUGAGUCGAGGGUGAGUUGGAAACCCAUCAUAUCACAUUUGAUCGACUGACCAAUUUUGGGACAUACAGUACGAUUUAAUAACCCCUGAAACUACAAGAUGAGAGCAACUUUUAUCCAUCGUACAUAUCCUUUGUCUUUGGUUCUUAUCUUCCUUCAGUAUUAUCUCGCUUCGUAUGACCUCCGUAAAUGAUUACGGCCUUCGGCGCUUAAAAACUACAUUAACACUUGACAUAUGUAUGUAAGUACAAAUACUCAACAACCAUUUGUAGCUGCUGUUUGAAAAUGUUUAUCUUUAGCAGAUGUGUAUAUGUAUGUAUGUACACACACAUAUAUACGUAUAUAUUUAUAUAUAUUAUAUAUAUUUAUAUAUGUGUAUAAACAUACUUAUAUGUGUGUACAUACAUACAUAUACAUAUACACAUAUAUUUGCGUACAUAUAUACACGCAUAUAUGAAGAUUGCUCUAGGUUCUCGGGGCCAACUUUUGUUUAUAGACACUGUAGUCUUAACAAGGACAUAACCUUUUUUUUUUUUUUUCUCCAUCUAUUCGUUCUUGAAGGAAACUCAUACACAUCUUGCAUUUAUCAGAAAGUUUGUGUACAACACGAUGCCAGCAUGUAUCGGCAUACCUUCAGAUAUUUCACAACCUCUGUGGUCUUCAAAGUGUAAUCUCACUUUGACACCAGGCUUUUUUUUAAUUUUUUUAUUUUUUUUUAUUUUUAGCCCUGUAAUAUCUAACCCACGCCUCCAGUGCCAAACCCUGUCCCAAGGUCGAUUUGGCUGUUAACAUGAGAGAGUGACAUUUUUCUAAAUGUCUCCUAACCACCUGCAGAAACAGGAAACAGGAAGUGCGUGACUUUCCCUGCAGUCACUCUGUUCCACUGAGUGAACAUCCAUUUUUUUUUUCAAUAUAAGACCUACAUUACUCCAACCUCUGUGUUAACUCUUUUAGUGAACACAUGCAUUAAACGUCAAUAUAAAAUGUAUGUAUUUAUUAUACUUGCAUUAUGUCAUUUUAAAAUUAUUACAACAAAAGUAACACAUUGUAAGAAGUAAAAAAAAAACAAAAAAA